GCCAUUUGUUAAUAUCUACCGCCACUCCACCUACCACACGUUUAAGCAACACACCCAUGACUUAGCCCCAUCUCCCUGACGAGCAUCCAACUAAUAGAAAUUGACUUGAUCUUGUAACACUAAUAGUUCCUUAUAAUAUUCCUUGGUUGCCAUUCAAGUUAGCUACUUUUCUUCUGAUGAUAUCGUCUGUAAUUGCUAUCUCUCUCAAUUAAUUUUUCCAUCCCUGAAGUAUACAGUCUCUUACGUACUGGCAUGUUAUCCAUUGUGAAUUAUUAAUACACAGAUAAAGAGAAUCAUAGCUAAAAUAAACAUGAAAAUUAUGAGAAAAUUCGGAAUCGGGUUUGGUGGGAUGGGAUUCAGUCUUAUCAUUGUUUAUUUACAUCAGACAAGUAAGAUAACCGUUCAGUAACUGUGGUGGUGGAAGGUGUCAUAAAAAUCAGCGUGUAAUAACAUAUCACCGUUGAUUGUAAACUUUAAAGGGAAGAAGAGCUGUAUUGUUAACAGUCACCUAAAAAAAAGUGACACAAUGUUGAAGCGACCGACUGCGGGUGAAUCAGAUGAUGACCUUUUACAGCAGGAACAAGAGCUGAUGGCUCGUGGUGAAUUUCAACCAUCGGCUAAGCUUAUUUCUGUCAACAAACGCAAGACAGAGGAGCCUGUGUCCCCAAAAUCAUCAGAUACGGGGGCAGCCACACCCAGGUCCAAGUUUGCUCAGGAUCGAGCUGCCAAGAAAAAGAAGGAAGGCAUUGUUGAUAACACUGUAUUGACCGAAGUUGUUUCACAAAAGGAGAAAGUUCCUGUCCUUGGACGAAUUGUUGAGCGUGUGGUUCCAGCUGGCCAUAGUCUCCAGGAGUGGCAUCCAACACCCAGUCCUCAUGGCUUCCCUAAAGCCCAAAGACUGCAAAAUUUGAAAGGCACAGUAAGUAACUCUGGCCCUGGAACAAAGAAGAAGUCUAUAUACUUACAGAAUUUGGAGAAAAAAGGCUUGAUAGUCAAGGAAGAAUGUUUCAAAAGUGUUCCCAUCUCCAGCGAAGGUUCACCUGUAACAGCCCAUGCCUCACAAGAUCCCAGACUCUCAGCCUUAGGCAAACAGAGUUGUGUCAUCACAGGGGAUGGAAUUCAACAAAACAAAAGUGAAAUGGAUAAGAUACACCAGCAAAACAUCGGCAAGCUUGCCAGCAUGACCCAUGAAGAACGGAUGAAAGAGAAACAAGAGCUCUUCUCUAAUCUUACCUCGGAACAGAUCACCUUACUGCAGUCUUUCCGUCAGAGAAAAGAAAUGGCACAGAAGGAUAGUGCAUCAAGAGCUAGUGAUAAAAAGUCUUCAGACCAGUCAAACUUGGCUGUGGAUAAUGAAAAGAAAACAGCACAAUCCACUCCCAUGGAGUGCGAAGAUUUACAAAGAAGUGAAGAAGGCCGUCCCAGCUCCUCUGAUGCCCCAUCUUCCAGUGAACCCAUGCAUGAAGGGGACAGUGUAGAUGUUAAAACUCGCUCAGUUAAAUUCUCCAGUGAUGUGGAGAUGAAGGAAGUAGCUGAUAAUGAAGAAAAUCUUGAGUUAGAGCUGCCAAUACCUCCAUCGGAAGCACGCAAGUGGCUUCACAUGGACAAGGUGGACAUGGAGAAGCUACAAUGGAUGACUAACAUGCCAAAGCCUAAACCCCUGAAGGACAGUGAGGGAUUUGUUGCCAGGUUCAACUUUGAGGGUGAUAUUCUGCCAUAUGAUGCAGAUGUCUCCUAUAGGGAAGGGCUCCAUCAUCAUGGGGAGGAGCCAGGUCGUGCCGGCUACACCCUUGAUGAACUCUUCAUACUCAUACGAUCACAAGUGCUCCAACAGCGCCACUUGGGUCUACGUACGUUGGCUAACAUCCUCAGAAAUGCUAAGGAAGGCCUCUAUGACACGUGUGUCAACCCAUCUGUAGUACAACUGACUGUAGAGGCCGGUGCUGUUCUGCUGCUGAGGUUUGCUCUUGAUGACUCAUCGCACCUUGUGUACAGUGAAGCAGUGAGAGGGUUGUACUACCUGAUAGCCAGUGAACCUGAUGAACAGUGCUUGGCCUUGGCACAACCCUGGCUCCCUGCAGGACUAGAGCCGGGAAUAUCCAGUGACAUUCAUGCCAGUGAGAAGAUACGACAAGAAUUGGACCAAGAAGAAGCAGAGUUGAAGGACUUUGAGAUCAUCAAGCUUGAUAUAAUUCGUGCUCUAGUUAGGAUGGAUACUCACAUCAGACUGAGGUACUUGCUGGAGAUCAUCAAGCCUGGUCCAGAGACAGUUAUAAACAUCAUGGGGAUCUUCCUGCGUAUGGUGCGUCACUCCCUCACAGCUGCCUGGACGCUAAUUCGCACCCCGCGCCUCAUCUCUACCAUCAUGACAAACUUUCUCCCACACAAUCUGUCGCCUCUGCUUACUGGCGAGACUGUAGAUUCAAUGACUUCUGUUUAUGGCAUACCUCUAAGGCACGCCUUGCGUCUUCUGACGAUACUAGCAACCAAGGGUCGGCAGUUGGCAGCUGUUCUGGUCAACACUCACAAUAUUAUGAGUCAUGUCUUGACAUAUGUGUCCCUUGAGCCCAGUGAAGUCAGUAUACCUCUCCAAGAAGCCUUAGCACUGAGCCAGGAGGCAUAUCGUAUGUGGGCUGUGCUUCUCACUUAUGGACUCUCUAAGUCUCAGGAAGCUGUUGCAAGUUUCUACCCAUUGUUGGUUAAGCAACUGGUGUUUUAUAGGGAUAAGGUAUCGGUCAACGAAGAGACGGACAAGAAUAAGUUCAAUUAUGAUGUAGGAGCACACAUGAUUGCUGCUUUAACAGCAGCUGUGAAUGUGGCUGCCACACAUUCACUUUUAGAAAACAGAAUGAAGUUGAAUCAGGGGACAGUGAUAGGUGCUGAUGGCAAGGCAGAGGUUCUUGUGCCACCUGAGUUGACUUGGGAUGACCUCAAGGACCUACCCCAGUUGGUGGAAACAUGUCUCACAAAAUGGUUAGCACAGCUGACAAGAAGCAAUGAGGCCACAUUCUCAGCACUCAGACUUAUUGGCAGCUGCUGUAAUUUCCUGGAGGCUUACUAUUGUAAGUGGAAAGAUCAGACUUCAUACAGUGGUGACGUCCACAACAAGAAAAUUCAGCAUCUUCAUAAUAACAUAAUCUCACCCAUCCUUAUAUCACCAUAUUUCAAAACACUAAUUGCCUCACUUCCAAGUCACUCAUCUCUCAUUAGUGACCUAGUUCCAGGCACUGAACGUGAUCCAAACAACCUUGGAUCAGCGGGUUGUGUCACCUUUGGUGGCGAGGUUGUUCCUGUAUUGCGUCCGUCUUCUCCUCACCCCAUGCUGCUUCCAAUCACCAACCUCCUUGUGUCUCUCCACACCCUUCAUCCUGCUCUUAAUGCUCAUGCAUUAUGUGAAUUGUUAGAUUCUGAUGAAAUAUCUGUCUACUUAAAGAAAGUUUGUCAGUCUUCUCACCAACUGUCUUCACAGUGGCUAACACGAAUUGAGACUUACUUUAUUUGUAAUUUGCUGCAACUGGCAGCUUUAAAAGGUUGCAGCAGAAGACAGUUGUACCAUGAGACAGCCAUGUGCAUGAUGGCAUGUGUCCAUAAGGGAGAUGAACAUAUAAUCAAAGAACUUUUAACAAAUGUAAUUUGUGCUAAAGAAUUCAUAUCAGAUCUAACUGAGAUGAGCACCCAUGUGGGGGACCUUUCUCUGAAUAAUUAUGAACCACUCAAGUCUCCUGCCAUAACCCAGCCAGUCCUCUCACCACUUCAGUUGACUGAGAGUAUCUGCCAAUCUCUGAAAUCAAUUGAAAGAGAACUUAUUAGAAGUUUGGUGAGUAAGAGAGAAUAUGAUGCUAGUGUAGUACUAAAAAACGGCAUUCCCUUCAUCAUUAAUGGGGUUACAAUAAGUCAGACCGAGUCACCGCUCGUUCUUGACAGUUACUGGUCACUGAAUCCCAUCAAGUACGUUUUCAAAGUAUCCCAGCGUCCACCCCAACCCCAGGAACAAAAAGCUGCAGGACACUCAAGUGAUUUGUCUACACCAGAGGAUAUCUUGACUGUUACAAGGUGCCUACAGAUGGCUUACUUAACUCUCAAGCACCGCAAGACCACAAUCCAUACUACCACCACCACAACUUGGAUGUACCACUUGUCAUUAGUCUUUCUGGUUGCAUGUGAUAUGUUCCUAGAUGCUUGCAUUAGCUCAAACCUUCAGGGAUGUGUUGUUGAACUUCUUGGCAGUGAGGGUUAUUCAAAACUUGAUCCAAGCAGUACAAUUGAAGGUUUUACCUCAUUCACUGACUGGUACAGGAAUAUGUUGGAGCAGUUCAUCAGUGUAUCAUAUGGGGAUUCUACCUUUGCCUUGUUUCUUCUCAUUCCUUUGCAACAAUACUGGUCUGUGGACUUUCGCAUGUUACUGUGGGGUGAUAAAUCUGAUGCUUUGCAGUUUUUCCGUCUGACUGUAGAGCAAGUUGACCAGUUUAUUCCCCUGCAGCAGUUUAUGGAACCAGCUGAGCAAGAUGAAGGAAUGAUCAUCAAGUACAGGUCUGCCAUUGGUUCUGGUGCAGUGAGUGCAGCCCGUACUCCAUUUCUCCACAGAGUUGCUACCCAUCAUACAAGUCUUUACCUACAGAGACAGGCUGAUAAGCAAAGAAACUCGGCUUGAGAUUUUUAACCUGUAAGUUUUAAAUCUAGUUAAGUUUAUUCUGAUUUCAAUGAAUUUUCAUUUAUGACCAGUUUCCCUUUACUAGGUGGCUGGUGUAAUGUGCCCUUUUUGGCUGUCAGUCUAGACCCAGGUGACCUGACAUCAGUGACAGACUAAUCUUAUUUAACCUGACCUUCCGAACUGCAAGUGUUGUCCCACAUGCAUUAAGUCCUUUCUGAAGGAAAGAAACUAUAACAAACCUAUACUGUACUGGAAAAGCUACUCUGUGGAUCUGUAAAUUCUAGGCAACACCAGACAAAGCUGUUCCAUCCAUACACAGCUCCUUCCCCUUUUUCAGGCCUAAAUGAGUUUCUUUCCCAAUCAUCACCAAUGUUUUACUGCCAUCAGGAAACCAUUUCCCCUACAACCUCUAUCCUUUAUAACAUUCCCUCAAAAUUGAUGAGAAGUUUGAUUGUGUUGAGCCAAAAAGAUUUAUGAGCAUAAUUACCCACCUCUUUAGUUAUUCGUUUGUCAGAACCUUUCUCAGAAAGGCCUGAUACACCUUUCUGAAGAUGCAAUUUAUCCCUUUUUCAACAAAAAGGAAUGUACUGUACAGUCGGCCACAAGAAUAAGUAUACACCUACGGUUCGUGUUUGAAACAAAAUAUCUGGUAACACUGUCCUGAACAGAACAGACAAAAUUACAA